GGGAGAGAGGGAGAAGAGGGAGAGAGGGAAGAGUAUGGAGGAUGUCUAAAGCAUGGGCUAUAUGCCUCAGGAAUGUAUUUGGCAGUGGGUAAAUACUGCAGGUAGCCUGAACACACACACACACACACACACGCUCACCACCAUCCAGUGCCACAUGCUCAUCGGUGCAGAGAGUGAACCACCACUACUGUCUACUGCUACUGUGCAGGGAACCAUAGCUCAGGAAUACAAGCAACCACAAAACUGAACCCAUAAAGAAGACAGGUUGUCUUACAGUAUCUCCAUGGCUGUACUACGGUCGGUGCUGUCCCUUGCCCUCACUCUAGCCCUGGGCCUGAUGCUGAGUGUCUGCAGGCCUGUUUGUGGCACCCCAGUGGCAUCCCAGGACCUGGACUAUGGAGGGGUUCCUCUAUGGAUCAACCGUCUUCUGGGGGAACCCUCUGUAUUCAGCCUGAGGGGCCGCAUGAACCGUGCAUGGUUUAGAGCCAACAACCCCCAGUCCUGCCCUGACCUGUGUGACUGUCCUAUCCAGUGGCCCUCAGCUCUAUACUGUGACCACAGAGACCUGGGAGAGCUGCCGGACAGCAUGCUUUACAAUACACAGUACCUGUUCCUGCAGGGCAACAACAUCUCGUCCCUGCCCUCCUCCUCUCUCACCAACUCCUCAGGGCUCCGCUGGCUCAUCAUGGAUGAUAACCGUCUACAGACGGACGGGCUGCAGACCUCCACGCUGCAGAACCUGACCCGGCUCCAAUACCUGUUCCUUAACCACAACAAGCUGACAGCCGUGCCCUCCGGCCUGCCCAGCAGCCUGCGGCAGCUCCGACUGGCACACAACCUCAUCACCAGCAUCUCCCCGGGAACCUUUGGGAAUUUACAUAAUCUUACAUUGCUGCUACUGCAGGGGAAUAGGCUGAACGUGAUUACAGAGACUGACUUCACAGGCCUAGUGUCUCUUAACCUGUUGGACCUGAGCGGGAACCUCUUCUCCUCCUUCCCCUCUCACCUCCCUCCAUCCAUCCAGCAGCUCUACCUCUCCAACAACUCUCUGUCUGCCCUGGGGGAGGAAAGUUUAUGGGGCUUCACUAAUCUCAGGUACCUGCGUCUGAGCCACUGUGGUCUAGUGAGCCCUUCCCUCCACCCCCAGUCCUUCAACCUAUCUUCCCUUGUAGAGCUGGAUCUCUCUUACAACAAGCUGACAACCAUCCCCCUUGUCCCCCUCACAUUACAGUACCUAUACUUGGAGGCCAACCACAUACAAGAGUUUAACGUCUCUAGUUUCUGUCGGGAGGUGGGUCCUCUGUCCUACUCCAGGAUGAGGAUCCUUCGUCUGGACGGCAACAAGAUGUCCUACCAUCUCCUACCACCUGAAUGGGUCUACUGCCUCCGAGUCCUGCACCACAUAUACAUCUAACCCUGACUUUGGACCUCUAACCCCCUGACCCUGCCACAACCCUGCUUUGAAGCUUACCUCAGCAAGAUUCUGGAAAGAUUCUGUCAAGAUUCCACAGGUCCGAACAUUCAGAAAUGAACACACACCCAUGCACACAAGUACGUCACUCAAACGCACAUCCCUCAAACACACAUCACUCAUGCACACUCGGACGCACGUUUGGACACACACAAACGUAAGCACAUGCUCACAUGGUCUCAGAACAGGUCUUCUAGACUCAAUACAAUUUAUUUUUUAUAGUCUCCCUGUAUCUACUUCAUACUGUAACACAUAGUCUGAUCAGUGUAUGAAGCAGGUAUUCAUUAAAAUCAUCCAUCAACAUCACCCACCAAGGCUUGUUAAUCUAUCACAGUACUGUAGAGUCAGCUUGAAGUUGAAUUGAUCCAACACACAUGUAUAAAUGCGCACAUUAUAUACGUUUUCUUAUUGUAAAGUUUUACAAUAUCUACUAUGUUUUGCUAAGGUCAAAGUAUGUGCUGUAUUGGAUGUAUGACUGUAAUUUAUUGUUUUUGCAUAUGAACAGAACAAUAAAAUAUACACCAUUAUCAA